AUGCUGAUAAUAAAAAUGAUAAAGAGGGAGAUUAAAAUACUACAGAAUCUUUGUGGAGGACCCAAUAUUGUUAUGUUGCUUGAUGUUGUCAGAGAUCAGCACUCAAAAACCCCUAGCUUGAUUUUUGAAUAUGUGAAGAGUACAGAUUUUAAAGUUUUGUACCCAACAUUGACAGAUUAUGACAUUCGCUACUAUAUAUAUGAGCUUCUCAAGGCACUAGAUUAUUGCCAUUCACAAGGCAUAAUGCAUAGAGAUGUGAAACCUCACAAUGUAAUAAUGAUUGACCAUGAGUUGCGGAAGCUACGCCUGAUUGACUGGGGACUUGCAGAAUUCUACCAUCCUAGCAAAGAAUAUAAUGUCAGAGUAGCUUCAAGGUACUUUAAGGGGCCUGAACUCCUUGUUGAUUUACAAGACUAUGAUUAUUCCUUAGACAUGUGGAGUCUUGGCUGUAUGUUUGCAGGAAUGAUUUUUCGGAAGGAGCCAUUCUUUUACGGUCAUGACAAUCAAGACCAGCUUGUCAAAAUUGCUAAGGUUCUUGGUACAGAUGAGUUAAAUGCGUAUUUGAACAAGUAUCACUUGGAACUAGAUUGUCAGCUUGCAGCUCUUGUCGGCAGGCAUGCCUAACUUAAUACUAUUUUCUUAUUUUGCUGGUGAAGUGUUCCACUUGACUUUGAACAUGAGAAAAUUGAUGUGAGCUUUUCCAUUUCUACCUUGGUGAGCAUCGGUGUG